AUGGAUGACGUAUGUAGAUUAAGUACCAGGAUCAGCUGCCGUGUUCCGAAAGUAGGGCAGCGCAAGGUUUGCCUGUCUCGCCCUCCCAGGCACGUUCCGCCGAGUGUUGGAGGUUGCGCCGAAGCGAUCCAGACGAGCUGGAAGAUGGAGCCUGCAAUGGAGCCGGAUGAUGGAGCCGAACAGCUGGUCCGUCGAUCACAACGACUGGGCAACGAUAAGGACCCACGGCCCUAG